CAGAAUCCUUGGAGAAGAAGCCCGUUCACGCGUUCUGCAUAGUCUAGCGUGGAACGCUUAGCAACGUGGUUCGGUUCUUUGCGGGAGGCGCGCGCCGUGUUCUUGGCCCGCCCGGGUCGUGCGGGCCUCUGGGGGCCGCAGCCUUGUUUUCCCCCCACCGGUCUAAGUUCGUGCCGGGCGGCGCAGCGCCCUGACCCAGCCUGACCAUGCUGGUGCUGUUUGAAACGUCCGUCGGCUACGCCAUCUUUAAGGUUCUCAAUGAAAAGAAACUUCAAGAGGUUGAUAGUUUAUGGAAAGAAUUUGAAACUCCGGAGAAAGCAAAUAAAAUAGUAAAGCUGAAACAUUUUGAAAAAUUUCAGGAUACAGCAGAAGCACUAGCAGCAUUCACAGCUCUGAUGGAGGGCAAAAUCAAUAAGCAGCUGAAGAAAGUUCUGAAGAAAAUAGUAAAAGAAGCCCAGGAACCCUUGGCGGUCGCUGAUGCUAAACUAGGAGGGGUUAUAAAGGAAAAGCUGAAUCUCAGUUGUAUCCACAGUCCUGUUGUUAAUGAGCUUAUGAGAGGAAUUCGUUCUCAGAUGGAUGGUUUAAUUCCUGGGGUAGAGCCACGAGAAAUGGCAGCUAUGUGUCUUGGAUUGGCACACAGUUUGUCCCGAUACCGAUUGAAAUUCAGUGCAGAUAAAGUGGACACAAUGAUUGUUCAGGCAAUUUCCUUGUUGGAUGAUUUAGAUAAAGAAUUAAACAACUACAUUAUGCGGUGUAGAGAAUGGUAUGGCUGGCAUUUUCCUGAAUUAGGAAAGAUUAUUUCAGAUAAUUUGACAUACUGCAAAUGUCUACAGAAAGUUGGCGAUAGGAGGAAUUAUGCCUCGGCCACACUUUCUGAAUUACUACCUGAGGAAGUUGAAGCAGAGGUGAAGGCGGCUGCAGAGAUAUCUAUGGGAACAGAGGUUUCAGAAGAAGAUAUUUGUAACAUUUUGCAUCUGUGCACUCAGGUGAUUGAAAUCUCAGAAUAUCGAACCCAGCUCUACGAAUAUCUACAAAAUCGAAUGAUGGCCAUUGCACCCAAUGUCACAGUCAUGGUUGGUGAAUUAGUUGGAGCACGACUUAUUGCCCAUGCAGGUUCUCUCUUGAAUUUGGCCAAACAUGCCGCUUCUACCGUACAGAUUCUUGGAGCAGAAAAGGCACUCUUCAGAGCCCUCAAGUCUAGACGAGAUACUCCUAAAUACGGGCUCAUUUAUCAUGCUUCACUUGUAGGCCAGUCAAGUCCCAAACACAAAGGAAAGAUUUCUCGAAUGUUGGCAGCCAAGACUGUUCUGGCUAUUCGGUAUGAUGCUUUCGGUGAAGAUUCCAGUUCUGCCAUGGGAGUUGAGAACAGAGCCAAAUUAGAGGCCAGGUUAAGGAGCUUGGAAGAUAGAGGGAUACGGAAAAUUAGUGGAACAGGAAAAGCUUUAGCAAAAGCAGAAAAAUAUGAACAUAAAAGUGAAGUGAAGACUUAUGAUCCAUCUGGUGACUCUACACUGCCAACCUGUUCUAAAAAACGCAAGAUAGAACAAGUAGAUACAGAAGAAGUUACUGAAAAGAAAGCUAAAAAACCCAAGAUUAAAAUUAAAGUUGAAGUGGAGGAGGAGGAAGAGGAGGAAGCAGCAAUGGUAGUGGAAGAAGAACAGGAAACAUCUGUGAAAAAGAAGAAGAAAAAAGACAAAAAGAAACACAUAAAAGAAGAACCAGUUUCUGAUGAGGAGCCAUGCACCAGCACAACUGUUAUUAGUUCAGAGAAAAAGAAGAAAAAGAAAAAAAAGAGAGAUGAUGAGGACUAACGGAAGGGAACCAUAAUUGAAUUCACCUGGAUACAUCAUGCUUAGGAUUAUCAGGAAUGCACCAGAGAUACUCUGCAGUAAUCUAAGGGAGACUGGAGAAAACAAAAUGAUUGUGUAUAUUUGUCACAUGGCAUAAACUGCUAACUUUAAUAUAUCAUUUCUUAGAGUCUUUGUUAUACAAAUAAAAAUAUUUUCUUUGUAUUUUAAGGCAGUUCUGUGAUCUCUUUAUAUUAGGUAGAAAAUCCUCGGUCCUUUUUUUAUAUUUUAUCUAGCUUUGAAGAUCAUUGUUUUGCUAGUUGUGAAUGGUUGACUUGAAAUGGCUGUUUUGUAGGCAGUGACUCCAUGAACCAUUUUAAGAACCUCACUGUUUCUCUUGCCUUUUUGGACUGCCUUUCAUUUCCUCCUUAAUAUUUUGUGUUUACUAAAUAAAACUGUUUUGUGUUUAAGAUUUAAAAGUAAGUGAGCAAAACGUAUUAGUGUAUCUUCAAAAAGAAAAAACAUUUGUGGAUAAAGUUACUCUUUUUCAUAGUUUUAAAACGUAUCAAAAUUACUAUACUCUAAGCCCUGAUUUGCUUCUAAAGAAAUCCAAACUGACUUUUUAAAAGGUAAUGCUUGGCUGAAGAGAGAUAGUACAGCUGGUAGGGUGCUUGCCUUGCACACAGCUGACAUGGGUUCGAUCCCCAGCAUCCCUUUAUGGCCCCUAAGCAUAGGAGUUAUUUCUGAGCGCAGAGCCAGGAGUUAGCUGUGAACACCACAGUGUGUGGCCCAAAAACAAACAAAAAGGCAAUACAAAUGAUUUUUACAGUGUAAAGAUCAAGGGGGAAAAGGGAAAAGAUAAGCUAGAAAAAUAUAGGAGUGAGGUUAUAAACCAGUGCAGAAUAUAAAAGCUUUGUUACUAAAAGAAAGCUUUUAUUGUGUGAACAGUUAAUGUGAUUGAUCUGGUUGAUAGACAUCAUAACAUUCACAGGACUUAAAUGUGGUUUUUAAAUCAUAUCUGUGUAUGCUACAGGCAUACACAUACUGAGUUUUAGUUCUAGGCAUACUAAAGUAUCAAUUUAGCGGACUGAAGAGGUAGCAUGGCAGAUAGGGUGUUUGCAUUACAUGCAGCUGACCUGGGUUUUAUCUCUGGCAUCCUAUAUAUUCCAUUAAACCCCACCAGGAGUAAUCCCUGAGCACUGCCAGGUGAGGCCCAACAGACAGUUUAAGCAUUGUCUUCCUCUCCAGUGGAUGGGGUGGGGCAACAAUAAUAUCCUUGGGCGUAAUUGGAGGGUUCUUUGUUCACUUAAUUUUUCUGAAUAAAGAGGUUAGUAGGGCAAAUUAGUUGGGAAAGCUUUCAGUGGUAAAAGUAUCAACUGAAACGUCAAAUCACAGAGCUCUCCUUUCGACUCCCCCACCCUAUAACCCGCACACCUGAUUUUUAAGUAAUGCUGGGAAUCAAAGCCAGGGCCUCACAUGCAAGGCAGGCAUUCUGUCACUAACCCUACAGUCCCCAGUCCCUCAGUGCUUCAGUUUACUAAAUUUGAAAUGUCAAUUUUCCCUUUUUAUAGACUGGUUGGUUUAUAGAAAAAUUAGUAAAUUUACAUAGAUGUAAAUUCACUUCAAGUUUAGAUAUUUUGAGGUAACUGCAUGAAGUUACAUGUACACCAUAAGCAUAAUUCUGUAAUGAAAUUGAUUAUUUUUGCUCCCUAGGAGGAUGUUGUCAUUUGUAUCUCUUCACAGUAUCCAGGCACAUUCUUGAUUUGUGACAGAAACAGAUUUUUUUACCCUGAAAGCGUUGUAUGAAAGUGGCCCUUGCUGUUAAUAAAGUACCCCUGGUUGAUUUCAAUAGUCUACAGGUCUGGGAAAAACCUUGAAUCUGGGUUACCGGCUGCCCUAAGUACUGAAGUCCUAGCUAUUUAAAACUCUACCCAAGGGCCAGAGAGAUAGUACAGUGGUUAAGGCACUUAGCUAGCAGACAAUUUUCUAUUUUUAAUUUUGGUUUUGGGGGCCGUUCUCGGUGGUGAUCAAGACAUCUAGGAACCGAAAGGCAUGCAUGUAAGGCAUAUGCUAACCCACUGAAAUGUCUCUCUGGCCUCUAUUGUCUAUGUGAGAAACACCAAACUUGAAGCAGGUUAAAAAAGCAAGUAAACUAGUAAUAAAACAUCUUAGGAAAACAAAGAAAACCCCAAACUUGCAAAUGACAACAUUUCCUUCUUCAGUUAACUAAAAACUUGACAGAAUGUGCUGAAUCAGUGUCUAAACCAGGCUCACCAUUUCUUUUCUUUGGAGUACUUCUAGUUUUGAUGGUCUUUAUGUUGCUGUUUCAUUAUAAACAAAACUACUGAAUACCUUUGUUUAUAUUCAUGUACUUGUGUUCAUAUAGGAUAAAUUUCUGUGUCAGGGAUUAAGUGUAAAAUAGUGCCAGUUUGCCUUCAAAAUAUUCUAAUUUGCAUAUUAAAUUCAGUAUUGCUAAGAGAAA